GGAAGGAGACUGCACAGGCCGGAGAAGUCCCCGAGCGCGCGGCGCCCCGGGCCCGCCGGGCUCCGAGUCGGCGUCGCCGACCUGGCGGGGACGGUGCAGCGGGCGGGAUGCGGCCGGCCCGCCGCCUGAGCCCCGAUGGCCCGCGGCGCGGCAGCCUGCGGGAGCGACGCGCGGCUGCUGCUGGGCCGGGACGCGGUGCGGCCGGCGCCCGCGCUGCUGGCCCCCGCCGUGCUGCUGGGCGCCGCGCUCGGCCUCGGCCUGGGCCUCUGGCUCGGCUGCCGCGCCGCCCGCGCGCGCCCGCGGCACCAGAAAGAUGACGCUCAAAGUCUGCUCAAGAAUUUGGAGUCUAACGCACAGACCCCCUCGGAAACCGCCUCCCCACCCAGGAGGAGGAAGAGAGAAGCGCAGACCUCGAAGGAUGAGGAGGCUCUGGACGAAUGUAGGCCGUCUUUCAACAGCAAUAUCACAGCAUUUGCACUGAAGGCAAAAGUCGUCUAUCCCAUCAAUCAGAAGUUCCGGCCUCUGGCCGACGGUUCCUCCAACCCGUCUCUGCACGAAAACUUGAAGCAGGCUGUUCUGCCGAACCAGCCGGUGGAGGCUUCGCCUUCCAGCAGCCUGGGGAGCCUGAGCCAGGCCGAGAAGGACGACUGCAGCUCCUCGUCCAGCAUCCACUCGGCCACCAGCGACGACAGGUUCCUCAGCCGCACCUUCCUCCGGGCAAACAGCUUCCCCGAGGCGCUGACCUGUGAGAGUGUGGACCUUGACUUGUGUAUCUACAGCCUCCACCUGAGAGAUCUGCUGCGUGUGGACGCGUUGCUGAGGCAGGAGGAGCACGUGAUGUUUAUUCAGAUUUUAAAAAUGUGCCUCCUUGACCUUCUUCCUAAAAAGAAGUCUGAUGAUGAGUUAUACCAGAAGAUUCUUUCAAAACAAGAAAAUGACUUGGAGGAAUUAGAAAAGGGACUUCAGGUCAAACUGUCAAACACGGAAAUGCUGGGCACUGGUGAUUCUGAAUACAUCACCCUGGCAGAUGUGGAGAAGAAGGAGAGAGAAUACUCUGAGCAGCUAAUAGAUAAUAUGGAAGCUUUCUGGAAACAGAUGGAAAACAUCCAGCCCUUUCUUGUGGACCAAUUUAAGUGUUCCAGUGCCAAAGCCCGACAGCUCGUGAUGACUCUGACGGAAAGAAUGAUUGCCGCUGAGGGGCGCCUGCGCGAGUCUCAGGAUUUGCAGGCUCUGGACGCCCUGGAGAGAACAAUGGGCCGGGCGCACAUGGCAAAGAUGAUCGAGUCCCUGAAGCUGCAAAUCCAGGAGGAGACCAAAUGCCGACUGGCGGCCAUCUCCCGCGGCCUGGAGCUGCCGGCCGCCGAGGGGAGGCUGUCGGGGCGGCAGAAGGAGGAGCUGCUGACGCAGCAGCACAAGGCCUUCUGGGGGGAGGCCGAGCGCUUCAGCAGGGAGUUUGUCCAGCGAGGCAAAGACUUGGUCAAGGCGUCACUGGGUCACCAGGCAGAGGGGAUGGCAAAGCUCACGCGGGCCCAAGAAGAGGAACGGAGGAGCUUCCUGGCCGAGGCGCAGCCGACCGCCGACCCAGAGGAGUUCCUCCAGGCUUUCCACAUGGUCCUGGAGAGGCAGAGGCUGACGCAGAGUGGCCUGGAGGAAGAGGAGGACGUCAGAGCCACCGAGGCCGUGGCCGCACUCUGCCAGGAGCUGUACCGCAGCACCAUGGAAACGUUCCAGAAGUUUGUGGAUGUCCUGUUCCUUCAGACGCUCCCAGGCGUGACCGGCCUCUCCCGGGCAGAGUGUGACUACUUGAGGCAGGAGGUGCAGGAGAAUGCUGCCUGGCAGCUGGGCAAGUCGGAUCGCUUCCGGAAACAGCAGUGGAAACUCUUCCAGGAUCUCCUGGAGCAGGAGAAGCAGGUGUGGAUGGAGGAGCUCACUCUGUCCACUGUGCUGCAGACACACCUGCGGAACGACCACGAGAACAUCCUCCACCAGGUCUUGGGCCGACUUGGAGGCCUCAGUGAAGAGUCCGUGCGGUGCAUCCUGCAGGGGCACGACCUGCUCCUGCGCUCAGCCCUCCGGAGGCUGGCUCUCCGCGGCAGCGCCAUCACCACCCUGACCCAGAUGAGGCUGUCCGGGAAGAGGAGCCUUCUCCAGGAGCUGCGCGAGCAGCACGCCCUGGAGCAGGGUUCCUCGCAGUGUCUGGACGAGCAUCAGUGGCAGCUGCUCAGAGCCUUGGAGGCGCGUGUCCUGGAGGAGGCCGGCAGGCUGGAGGAGGAGGCGCAGCAGACGCGCCUGCAGCUCCAGCAGCAGCUCCUGGUCGAGGCCCAGGAGGUUGGGCAGCUCCUGCAGCAGCACACAGAGCGAGCCAUCGGGCAGGCGCUGCUGGCGCACGCACGGAACGCAGCCACCAAGAGCCGGACCAGGGACAGGGAUGACUUCAAGAGAACGCUGCUGGAGGCGGCUGUGGAGAGCGUCUACGUGACCGGUGCGGGCGUCGGCCGGCUCGUGCAGGCGUAUUACCAGCAGAUCAGGAGGGUCGUGCGGGACCACGAGGAGAGAAGACUGCAGCAUCUGAAGACCCUACAGGGUGAGAGAAUGGAAAACUACAGGCUGCGGAAAAAGCAAGAACUCAGAGACCCUUCGUCAGAGGGCGAGCUGGCGGGCGGAGCCCGUGAAACCUGCCAAGCUGUGCACCAGAGGAUGUUGGCGCAGCAGAAAAAGUUCCUGGCCCAGUUCACCGUGCACCAGCAGAUCCGCCUGGAAGCUCGGAAGCAGAAGGCGAGAGUUGUGGACCAUCUGGAAGCCCAGCUGGAGACCCAGCUCCAGGAAGCCCAGCAGAGCUUCAUCUCCGAGCUGGCGGCAUUGGCCCGGGUGCCCCUGGCUGAAAGCAAACUGUUCUCGAAUAAGCGCGGACUGUCAGAGAAGCCCGUAAGGACCAAAAGGAAGAAGGCCCCGCCCCGGGAGAGAGGGGACCCCAGGGGGCCCAAUGACGACGACCCUGCCUCCGGAGGCCACCCCUCGGGAUCACUGAGCAGCAAAAGGCUGAGCCAGCAAGAAAGCGAAGUUGGUGACGGCGAGAACGCCAAGAAGAUGCUCAAGAAAAGCAGCCAUCUGUAGUGGAAGGCCCCUCGGGGCCGGAACGGGGAGAGCUGCUCUGAAGGCCACGUGCCGCUCCCUCAGCCGUGAGAGACAGUGAAGAGAGACCCGGCCACCUGGGGGGAGGGGUCCCCCUGCCCCACAGGCUUGCGGUGAGGGGGAGGGAGGAUGGAUGGAGAAGUGUCAGGAGAAGCCUGAGUAUGGUGGACCCACCACCCGAGAAAAUCAGAAACUCCAGUGGGAGAAGCACGUCUUUGCGAGUUGUAGCUCUUUUGGCUUCGAGACGUGGCUGCAUUCCUUGGGGGUCUCUUCCUUCCUGGCUCUCUGUACCCCGACUGGGACCUGACGCCACCCCGAACCUGCCUUCCCCGGCGGGAGGUUGUCUCAUUGCAGCCUGGGGCCCCUCUGCUCUCCAGCCUCUCGGGGAAGUUCUGCUGGGCGGUGAAGGGGUCUCCAGGCGCUGCUGCUGUCUUCUGGGCCCGAGGCCUUUUCUCUGCCAUUUCCAUCACCCCGUUCUCUCUCUCCCAGGCACCGUGGCCGUUGGUGCCACGGUAUUCUCAUCAGGACCUGUUCCCGGCCCUUGGCUCAGCCAGCAGCCAAGGCCUGGUCACUAUGGGGGUCUGAGUCUCUCGGCCCCGUGACUCUGACAUAGACCAUGGAAUCCUGGCCCACAGGCUUGUCCUCACCCACCCUGGGACCUCAGGACCCACAAAUACAUGAUGAGACCUGCAGCAGUGUCUUCUGUUGGAGCCUCUUAAAGUGCUCGGAAGGAGGCCCUGCCCAGGCUUUGGCCUCUACCUGGAGAAGGGUGAUGAGCUCUUCUGCCAGGCAGCAGCCCAGCCCCUGGGAGAAAUGUUCCCGGUGCCACUGGUUCUCCCAGUGGAUGGUGAGAAUGUCUAGAAGCUUCCAGAGCAGCCACACACAAACUGCCAGGAGAGGCCUUUCCCACCCAGAAAGAAAAUUUCCCUUCAUCAAAGUAAAGUAUUCUCAGCCUCGGCACUUUGGACGUUUUGAAUGAGAUAAUUCUUUCUCUGAUGGUGGGGGCUGUCCUGUGCAGUGUGGGAUGUUGAGCAGCAUCCCUGGCCUCCACUACCAGAAGCCAGGAGCACUCUACAGUUGUGACAACAGAAAACAUCUCCAGACAUGGCCAGAUGUCCCCUAGGGGUGUCACUCACUGAUCAGAGUCAAAGUGUGCCGGCCCCAGGCAGUCCGGGACGGAGAUCUCAGAAUUUCCACAAAUUCCCAGGACACAGUGGGUGCCAGACUCUGGGAGCCACUGUCUUGGGGAUUUUCUGGACCUUUGGUGGCCUGAAUUUUUACCUCUUAAAACCUAAAUUAGCCUCUCUUAGGAAAGAGUAGCUCCUCAACAGAAGAAGUAAUCCAUAAUAGUUACAUCAUCUGUGAAAGAUACUUACUAUCAGAGCAUCUUCAAUUCCCCACUGGGCAACAGCAGGAUUUCCCAAGUUACCCAAAGGCUCCCUCUUGUGGCGAAAUAAAACAUUUCCUUAUUCUGCGGAGCCUUGAAACAAGGUUGUGGCUUCCUUCCUGCAAUAUUUUCAGAGCCUGGUUUGCACAGAAAUCACUUUUGUCACAUGGCCCUCUGCACAGAGGCGUUCUGGAGACAGAUGUUGGGAAUUCUCCUACGUUGGGAAUGUCUGAUUUGUGACAUGAGUACGGUUAAUGCAGAUGCCCGGGCAGCACCAGGAUCUCUGAAAGGUGGCAAGCGGUAUAGCUUCAGUCUCGAUGGCUGCUUCAGCCCCCACCAAUCCUGUGUGGAUAAUCGUUUUGUUUCUUUAGGGUAGCUUCCUAGCCCUAGGGUAUAUGUCACAUGUCACAGGCUAUGGGACCCUUUGCCACACUCACCGCCCAACGACUGUGCUUGGCAGUUUGGGGCAUGUAAUUCUCGAGAAAGACCGUGCAUUGUUUCUGUUUUCAUCACACACAAAUUGACUCUUCUGACUACGAGCAGGAGCAUGGAGGUGACUUUCAUAAUGGAAUUGCCUCGCCGGUCAAAAUAAAACGUGGCUAUCUGGAAGCCGCAGGACGCCGUGGUCGGGCACUGCCUCUGGACACCGGGACACGGAUGGGGGCUGUCAGGCCCGCGGCUGAGCCGUGUGAACAUAGCACGCCCAGAACCAGGGAGAGGAGGAUCAGCAAGGAGACCCCGAGGACACACCUCAAUUGCCCUCCCUCCAUCUCGGUUACAUUCUCCGGUUCCUAUUAUGUGCUGUGGUUGCUAUGGUGAUGGAAGGAGGUGGAAUUGUAAGGGAUCAUGAGUGAUGCUAUAACGAGUUUAGUGAAUUAAUUCUUUUAUGCAAACUUACCUUCUGAUCUGAGCUUGAGCUGGUAGGAUGAAGCCUUUGGGGUUUAUAAGGUCAGCAGACUCUCCUAGAGUCCUCCAGGCAGCCUGGGUCUGUCUCAUCCUUAGUAUCUCUGGUGAUCUUGCUGCUCUGCUCCGACUCGUCCUUCCUGCCCUGCCCCACCCUCCUCUAAUCUGCCUACACUUUCUAAAACACAGACUUGACUGAUGCCUUCAGUGAUAUUCCCUUGCUCUUAGGAGAAAAAGCAAAAUCUUUAACAUGGACCACAGUGCCCUGUGAGGUCUGGUACCAGCCACCCCUCCAGCCCAGUCGAUGCCCUCGCCCUCACCCAGCACCAGCCUCUGUCUCCUCUCAUGGUCUCAUACAUGCCAUGCCCCUGCCUACCCCUGGGCCUUUGCACAUGAUGUUCAUUCUGCUUGCAACACCCCUCCUCCC